AUGGCCUCUCCGGCUCUCCUAGAGGCUAAGACUCUUAGUCAUCAUUGGGCCUACAUACCCACACGAAAGAAAGAACUAGAUUUCCGAGGGAAUAGUGAGUAUUUGCAAGUGGACGAUCCUGAUUACAGGAAGUGGGAAGAUAAAGAUGAGAUUCUUCGAGAUAUCCAGCCUAAUGUUUUUGCCAAAGAGAUUAUUCACUCCGACAGGUAUAUGGACGGAGAACGUCUAACAGCAGAAGAUGAGAGAGCUGUGGUAGAAAAUCUUCUUGUUUAUCAUCCACAUUGUGAAGAUAAAGUUGGAUCCGGUCUUGAUUCCAUUAUGGUUGAUCGACAUCCUGAAUACAGGCAUUCAAGGUGCCUGUAUGUUGUUAGAACCGAUGGUGGAUGGAUAGAUUUCUCCUACCAGAAGUGUCUUCGAGCAUACAUUCGAGAUAAGUAUCCAUCCUAUGCUGAAAGAUUUAUUCGAGAACAUUUUAAACGUGGUAGUGGUUGAUAUUUGUUAAUGCGGUUGCUGAUUCCGGUCUUGAACUAUGAUUUUGGUGCCAGUGUAGACUGAUGUGUACUAAAAGAUUUAAAGUUUUCAUGCGAUUCGGGGAUGGGUCCAUGUUAUGGGUAAUCUGCAUACAAUAUAUAGCCUAGAUCUACAGAUUGUCAAUGUAGUAGAUAAUUGUUGACUGGCACUUGAAGUUUUGGACAAAGAAAAUGAUUGAAAUGAACAUCACUUUUUUUUUUUCUUGGAGCAUCGCUCUUGUUGGAUUUGCAUGUAUAUUUUGCUCAUUUGGUCC